GGGAUAAGUUUUGCGGUGAAUUGAAAUCUCAUCCGGAUCUCUAUGAUGACUGCGAUUUGCAGAGACUUAUGUGCAAUGAUUGGUAUAUUAAGCGAUUCCUGAUGGCCACACAACUGGAUGUGGACAAUGCUUUUGCAAUGGCCAGGGAUGCCAUGCGAUGGAGAAAGUCUUACGGCGUGAAUACGAGAUCCGAUGCCGACUUUCCCAUUGAAUUUUAUGGUGCCGGUGCUAUAUUUCCAUAUUGUGCGGACAGGGAGGGCAGACCUAUCGCCUAUUUGAGAGUUAAGAUAUAUAAGAGUUUCCCAAAGUUUUCGGACUAUUUUAAGCAAUUCUUUAUACAUAUCAUCAAUAAUAUUGAUACUCAACGGGAAGAAAAUGGUUGGGCGAUGGUAUGGGACUUAACGGGCGCCGGACCUUCAAAUUGGGACCUCUCGAUGAUUCGCUUUGUUAUCUCCAGUUUCCGGCUAUACUUCCCCAAAGGUAUGCAAUAUCUGGUGAUAUACGGCGUCCCAUGGAUUAUGACUGCGUUUGUGAACAUUGGGAUGAAAUUGUUGUCAGAAGAAGCGAGAAAUAAAGUGAUAUUCGCCUCAAAGGACCAGAUCUUCAGCCAUAUUGAGCCCUCAAAUGUGCCCGACUUUAUGGGCGGUAAAUGCGAGCAAAACUAUAGGGAUGUCCCUAAAGAGGUGGUCAGGGAUUGCAGGGAUUUGGGUGCAGAGCGUGGUAUUAAUAGCGAUGAGAUUGAGUCGGUUUUGAAGUUUAUUGAUAAGAAUAAUAAUGUUUGAAGUUUUUUAGAUUUUAUAAUUUUUUGUUGAAUAGUUUAAUUGCAUGUUAUUAAUACAGUUUUUAAUCACUGUUGACAGG